AUGGCCGACCCAAAAUCAUCCUGCUUUCGGUCUUCUGACCCUUUGACUCCUCCCCGGCGGGUGUCUCAGCAGAGCGUCCGAUUUACAGACACCGACCAAUAUGCCCCUCUGAUCCCCAGUCGGUUGCGGGAGACCACGAUUCUCUCACCAGAAGACAGGAUGGCAAGAUCCAGCUCAGAGGGAGAUUCAAGUGAUAAUGGCGGCCCAGAACUCCCUCCGCCAACCUUGACAGUCGACGAAAACACGCCUCUCAUCGCCGAACCAGAGCCCUUGGUGGACGAAGAAGGGGAAGAUGUACAAGGAGAGCUCAUCGAACCCUCGUCGCAGUUGCUCCACGCUCGGAACAAUAUGCUAGGGGAUUAUCACCACAGCCGCAUUUGUGGUCUGAAGAACUGCAAUCAUGGAACCUUUUCUCCCCGAGCCCCUUCGGUCGACGAAAGCGAGGGGAGCAACAGCAUCUCCUUCGGUGGUCGAUACGCCGAUGAUAUCGCAGAGGACGGCAGUCCACGGGACCCGGUGCGAGGCAUCCUGGGCGAGGCUGUCACCGACACGCUCACACCUGGUAAAAACAGCUUGGGCACAACCAGAUGGCUGGCUGAAAGACACGGGAUUAAGAGUCACCGGUUCAUGUACUUCUCCUAUUACUUCCCGUUCGUCAAGUGGGUCGGGCAGUAUCGAUGGAGCUGGUUACAGGGUGAUCUGGUCGCUGCUCUCACGAUGGCGUCCUUUUACAUCCCGAUGUCGCUAUCUUUCGCCGCAAACCUUGCACACGUUCCACCCAUCAAUGGACUGUAUUCCUUUGUCUUUCAGCCAUUGAUCUACGCUUUCUUGGGCACUUGCCCUCAGAUGGUGGUCGGACCUGAGGCAGCAGGGUCUUUGCUGCUUGGCCAGGUGGUCAAGACAUGCAUCGACAGUGGACAGUCCCACGAUGAUGAUUCCGAGCUCAACGCUGAAAUCGGCGGCCUGGUGACCGCGAUAGCAGGAUCCAUCAUCUUCGCCGCUGGUUUGGCUAGGCUUGGGUUCCUCGACAGCGUCCUCAGUCGACCCUUUCUUCGAGGCUUCAUUAGCGCCAUCGGAUUCGUCAUUCUUGUUGACCAGUUGAUUCCCGAGUUGGGUCUCGCCGACAUUGCGAAACAAGCGGACGACGUGACACAUGGGAGCAGUGCUCAAAAGCUGGUAUUCCUGGGUAGGAACAUAGGGGAUACUCACGCUUUGACCGCCGCGGUAUCCUUCGGAGCCUUCGCCAUCAUCAUGGUCUUUAGGUAUGUUAUGGCCGGCUUCAGGAGUUUCAUGGUCUAA